CAGAACACGGGUGGAAGGAAGGAAAGCUGGUAGGCAGGCAGGCAGGCAGGCAGACAAGCAGUCAGUCCGUCGAUCCAGGAGUGAGUGAGCGAGUGAGGCAGUCAGCCAGUCAGACUACUCUCCCAUCAUCACAACAGUGGAUAUCUUUCUGUACGUUUUCGGUUUAUCGUGUCGGAAGUGUUGUUGUGACUAGUGCUCGGAGAUACGACUCUUGGAUACUGCUGCACGUGAAGCCGUUCAACUCGCUCCCGAUAUAUAGGCCUGGACGGAAACGGCGACGAAAUGAUCGGUAGGCGCCAGGAGCACCACCACCUGGAUCGGUGGCGCUUUACGGCAGAAUCAGGACCGAUCCUACACUCGAAGUGCAAGACGCGCGAUCAGUGCGUCGCGAUUCGCGAGUCUCCGAACGGCAUCGAUGAGACAAAGUUGUGCAUACUAUGCAGGUACAUCUAUACCCUCCAACUGCCGUCUCACCCCGAUAUGACGUUCGCAUGGAACUGUUUACGGAUAGAGCACGCAAAUGGCUUCGGCGUCGAUUUCAACCCAUUGGACGCCCUGAAGCUGGUCAGAAAAAAUUACGUCCCCAAAGUCGCGAUCGCUGAUGCGUGGCGAGAGGCUCGUGAGGGUCUGGAUUUGCCCGAGGUGAAAACGCCGGAGAGUCACAAGUUCGAUUGGACUUUCACUACAAGUUAUAAAGGAACCUUAUUCGGCAAGGAGGGAGCUCAAUUGAAGGAAACCGAAACCACUGAGCGAAUAGACCUGAGAAAGCUCACAUCGGAGGAGCCGAUUCUCUUCUACCAGGAUAUUUGUUUAUUCGAGGAUGAAUUGUCAGACCACGGAGUCGCGAAACUCACUGUCAAAGUUCGCGUUAUGAGGAAUAAUUUUUUCCUUCUUCUCCGGUUCUUUCUGAGAGUCGACAAGGUACUGAUCCGGAUGAACGACACGAGGAUCUACUGGGAGACGGGACAAUCGUACCUCCUACGUGAAUACUGCGAGAGAGAGCUCAAAGAUACGAAGAAUCUCGAUCUUCCAACGGCUGUCAUCACUGAUCCUGUAGCCUUGAGUAAACACCUGCCCGUGAUCUCGGAACAAUUCCAUAGACUAGAAAUUCCUGAACUGAACCAGUGAGAAACACCCAUCAAGCAAGCGGUCGAAGACAGGUCUGGUGUCGAUAUGCUUCGCCAGCCCUACGACGGAGGAGUGUGAUCCCUGAUGUGAUUUCAUACUGUUGAUUAACUUAUGCAAGAGUUAUCCCAUAUAUAUCAUUAUGCAAUACACGAUAUGGAGUUGAGGA